AUGAGUAAUGAACCACUUAGCGAAGGAGAACUUACCAAAAAAUACCCCAAACGAGCAGAAUUAUUAAAAGCCUUAGGAAUAAAUAUCUUAAAAGGUCAUCCAAACUCUCUUGCAAGUAAUAUCACAAUACUGGAGCUAGAGAAUUGUUAUGAAUGUAAUGAAGAAAUUUUGUUAAAUCCACCCAAAGCAUUUACCACGCUCGUGUGUGGUCAUAUACUCCAUCAUGACUGUCUUGAAAAAAGUAAUAGAGAUAAGCAAAAAACUUGUCCCAUUUGUUUUGUAAAUAAUGAAGGAACGAUAUCAGCUAAAGUUCAGGACAUAGAUAUGUCAGAGGCAGUGGAAGAUGAAGGUGAAGAAACCUUUAAUCUAACGAGGGCAGUAAGUAAGUUAUCUAUAUAUGGUGGUAAAGCUAUCCUACGAAGUGAAACAAAAUCCAUGGAACCUGAUAAAAUACAAGGUUUAAUAAAAGAACUAUCUAUUCCAACAGAAAAACGUGUAACCUGUGCCUACCAAGAAGAAAUAAGAUGCUGGUAUCUGUUUGCUAAAAAAUUUGAAGAAAGAGUUAAAGAAAUAAAAAAUGAUAACAGUAGGUACAAUGAUCAACAAGCUAGAGGGUUAAUAUAUGGCGAAGUCACAACCAAUCUUCCGGGAUUUACAAGAGAUAGUUUGCGUAAAAAAACUGCAAAGGCUAGAAAUAUCUACAAGUUGUUUGGAGAAAGUUAUGACCCCGAUACCAAAAAAAUAGUUAAGGAGAUAGGAAUUGAAAAAAUUAAGAGAAUUCGAACAUAUA